AACAGCAACAACAACAACAACAACAACAACAACAACAACGACAACAACAACAAUAAUAAUAAUAAUAAUAAUAAUAAUAAUAAUAAUAAUAAUGACUAAGGCAAACAGAAACAAACACGGCCCCAAAAAGCACACAUCCCCAUGGCAGGUGUGUGUGGCAGGUGUGGCAGUGUUAGGAGUGGUGGUGGUGGUGGAGGUGUUGUGGUGGUGGUGGUGGUGUGUCCCUAAUACCACCACCUCCACCACAACGUUGGUUACGAGUGGACUCUAUCAGAUGGGAAAAGAAGGAGGAGGAAGAGAAGAAUGUUUUUUUGCCUCAUGAAGAGGAAGAGGAGGAGGAAGAGGAAGUAAUGCCCGUAAAAGGAUAUACAUUUCCUAACUGUGACUGUAUAAGGUUCGGUGUGGACAUAGCGCGGAUGAUGGUGGAGGCGAGGUCGCAGUGGAAGGGCCAAGGGUCACAGUGGGGAGGAUCCGGCGAGGUCAGGUCACUGCUCCACCCGCUCAACACAACGGGUCAUUCCACCUGCUCUGACUUCGCGACCCAGCGAGGUGGAGGGCAGAAAGUGAUCGCCUAUUCCUACUAUUCUACUGAGGCUACUACUGACAAAGGAAGCACACACUACAAGAAGUACCUGGGCUCACUACACAAGCGGGCUCGUCGCAUAGCCAAGGUGUACCCGGUCCUGAUGCGAGUGUACCACAAUGUGUCCGUUACUGACGACACUGCCACGGCCUUCCUGUGUCGCCUCGUGUGCACCCACGCCCAUGUUGACCUGUGUGAUGUCACUAGACUGCCAGUAUUAGGUAACCUGGUGAAACAGGGCGUGGUGGGGAGGGCGUGGCGAUUCGCUGUUCUGGGAGAUCCUACAGUAGAUCUCUUCCUAUCACGGGACUCUGACAGCUGGGUGUUGGACAGAGAGGUGGCAGCUGUCCAGGAGUGGGUGACAAGCGGACAAACCUUCCAUGUAAUGAGGGACCAUCCAAACCACAAGGCCGAAAUGCUGGCUGGUCUGUGGGGAGGCCUAAACAAGAGGCCUAAGGAAUUUGCAAAAGUUAGAAGUGUUAUGUUCUCUCAGCCCACAAACCUAACUCGUAAAUAUGACCAAUUUCUGCUUGCUACCUUCUUGUGGCCUCUCAUUAAGAAUGACACCCUGCAACACGACAGCUACACCUGCACGCUUCCCACACACCUGGACUCCAUACCUUUCCCUACAAGACGGCAGGAGGACCUUUACUGCGGGUGUGGGCCUUACAAGACUAGAGAACGGUUCGUUUUGUCCAGGAUCAAGUGUCCAUCCGCAUGCCGGCCAACACACCACCAGUCUUGGGUCAUGUGCUAAUCAUAAAACUGUCUUUUUGGCUCGCACACCUGUAAAUGUUGUUCUGGUUCGGUUAUGUCUAAGAAUUCUAUUGUCAUUUCCAGUAGCCUUUCAGUAAAAAUAGGUAAAAAAUCCCUGACACACAAGGUAAAUUUGCCUCUCUCUAACUAAUAUAUCGUCCAAUAACCAUUACCUCUAUACACAGUGGUACAAUAAAUGCCUUCCCCUUAUCUUGUUCUUGCCUCCAUGACAUGAUGACAUGUCACCUGGAAGCACUCCAUCUACCACUUUACCCCACAAGUCAACACCUUUACAGUUAUGUCAUCUGUCUGAAGCUUUGUCACACCUCACCAUAUUCAUUGCAGCACUAAUGCAUGUGUCAUAUCUAAGGCCAGUGAAUAAAACCGUACAAAAUAA